GAGAGGCUGUGGCUGCUGCUGCUGCUGCACCACCCACUUCAUUUCCCCACAUUCAACAGGAAGACUGGAGGCCAAGCAGAGCAGCAGCACUCUGCAGGAGAGGAAGGACGUGGAGGUCCAGCUGUACCGUCAGAACAAAGGAAAACAACCAAGGCAAGGGAAUGAGCAAGAAUCCGAAAGACGUGAAGAAAAUCCAGACAGUUUAUCUGCAGAACUUGGAAAAACUCAACCAGGGGUUAAAGCCAGAGAAGAAAAGUUGGAAACCAAAGGAAGGAGACUUCCCUGCAGCGAUGGAAAAGCUGCGGCAGCCUCCCCUCGCUGGGAAAGUCACCAAAAGCUCAGCACACAGAAUCAGCAGAGAUCUCACCUGCUCCAUCUGCUUGGAUCUCUUCAAGCAGCCGGUGUCCCUACCCUGUGAUCACACCUUCUGCCAGGGCUGCAUCGAGGGCUACUGGACCGGGCCCCGGGUCCCCCUUCAUGGAGGGACCGGCUCCUGCCCCCAGUGCAGGAAGCUGUUCCCCGGGCAGAGCUACAGGCCCAACCGCAUCGUGGCCAACAUCGUGGAGAGCUACUGCCAGGGUCUGGAGGAGAGCGGGAGCGACCCUGUCUGGCGGAGGUCGGGGGGGGUGGAGAGGGUCCCUGCUCCGGCUCUGGUCCCCCGCUGCAUCAGACACAGAGAGGAGCUGAAGCUUUACUGUGAGGAGGACCAAGAGCUGGUGUGUCUGGUGUGUGGGGUCUCCCAGGAGCACAGGAACCACACCAUGGUGUGUGUGCAGGAGGCCGAGCACAAGUACAGGGCGUCUCUAAACAGCUCCAUGGACUCACUGAAGGUGGAGCUCAACACGGCGCUGCAGUGUGACAGAGAGGUAGAGGACGAGGUUACAAAGCUGAAGGACCACACGGCUGACCUGAAGCAGCGCAUCGAGGCCCAGUUCAGCGACCUGCACCAGUUCCUGUACCAGGAGGAGAAGCUGCUGCAGGUGAAGCUGAAGACGGAGGAGCGCAGGGAGCUGAUCCGCCUGGACGAGCACAAGGCGCUGCUCUGUGUGGAGAUCUCCCGUCUGCAGGGGGCCCUCCACGAGAUCGAGGACAAGCUGAGGGAGCAGGAUGCCUUCACCCUGCUGCGGAGCAUCAAAGCACUGCUCCAGAGGCCUUCACUGAAGUUUGAAAAACCAACAUUCACACCGCCCAGUCUGUGUGAGGGUCGUUUUGCGGGGCCCCUGCAGUACAGAGUGUGGAAAUCCAUGAAAGGAAGCCUUUAUCCAGUUCCAGCGGCCAUCACCUUUAACUCCAGCACGGCCAACCCUUGGCUCAGCCUGACCUCCUCCCUCACCUGUGUGCGCUACCAGACCUUUAACCUCACGGUGCAGGACAACCCCUCACGGUUCAACGCUGCCUUGUCGCUGCUGGGGAGCCAGGGCUUUACCCACGGGCGCCACUACUGGGAGAUCGAAGUCUACAGCAGCACCGUGUGGACGGUGGGGGUGGCCCGGGAGUCGGUGCCCAGGAAGGGGGUCAUCAAAGCCCUCCCUGCCAACGGCUUCUGGACCCUCUCCCUGUCUUAUGGGAUACAGUACAUGGCCGGCACUUCCCCCCCCACCGUCCUGUCCCUGGAGGAGCCCCUGGUCAGGAUCGGGGUGUAUCUGGAUUACAAGAGGGGCCUAGUGUCCUUCUACAACGCAGAGUGCAUGGCACACCUGUACACCUUCAGGGAGACCUUCACCGAGACCCUGUUCCCCUACUUCAACCUCGGCUUCCUGGAUAAAGUGCAUGAGAAUGAGCCUCUCAAAGUGUUCCUACCUAAGAUUUAAGAAAGUGUGACAAAUAUGCAACUGAAAAAGAUUUUAAAAAGUUGAUAAACAAACAUGGAACAAUUACUUUUACUAUGUAGAGAAGUGGAGAAUUGUUAAUUUGCAUUGUACAUUAGAUACAACUCAACAACAGAAACAGAUGGGGGCCUGUGGAGAUCCUCUUCCUCACAAACAUUUGCAAUCUGUUAGCUACUAGCUAGCCUUCAGCCUUCUUCUUGCCUGUAUUUGUUGGCACAUUGCAGCUUACCUUUGAGUGUGACUGCCACCUGUUGAUCAUUAACACAAUGUGACACUAUUUGAAGGACUGUGUGUGCAUCUAAACAAAAAAAGGGUCACUCAUUGGAAAACAACACUUCUAGAGGACAGCAGCUCCACGGGGAACUUUUAAGUUCUGUAACACAUUGUUCAUUUUCUAGACUGGAUCUACUGCCACACGUUUCACUUCAGAGGAGCUGUGCUUCAGUGAAGAAUAUGAAACUGUCUGGUUUAUUAUUACUUUAAUCAUUCAAUAAUUUUUUGUUGAUCAUGAUCCACAUAUAUUUACCACUCUAUAAUGUGGUUUUAUGGAUAUGUUGAUACAGUAUACAGUAAAUGUUUAGUUAAUCAGGUGCUAUAUCAUUUAUUGUUUUUUUUUGUUUUGGUGCAUUUAGGGACAUUGGGAAUGUUUUUUUAUUCUAACUAGCAGCAGAACAACGACAAAACAUUUGUAAAAGCGUAUUUAAGAUCAUUUGGGUUUAAUACGUUUUUUAUAAUGUGAACAAAUGGUUUUAAGUGUGGAUAUGUUCUACUGGUUUUGAUAGAUGUCUUGACUGUUGGCUGACUCAAUGGCUGAUACAUGUUGGCAACCAAUAUAACACUAAAUGAAAAUGUUAAUAAAAGUUUAAAAAAUGUCUUCCAA